AUGGAGCCAGAAGAGCUUGACCUGACAGGAUGCCGUAUGACAUCACUACGUCUGUCCAGAAUGCUGUCUGUACUCUGUAACCUGCGGUCCCUUGCUUUAGAUGUCAGCCAAGGAUUUGAUGUGGGCCAACUGAGCAGUGAGUGUAAGGCAACACUUGGCAAAGUAACUGAACUGAAGCAGACUUUAUUCACCCCUUCUUAUGGUGUUGUUCCGUGCUGUACCAAUCUGGAGAGGCUAUUGCUUUAUUUUGAAAUCCCAGAUCGGACUCGUGAAGGAGAAAUGCUCUCAGGCCAACUGAUGGUCGGACAAAGCAACAUCCCGCACUAUCAAAAUCUCAAGGUAUUCUAUGCAAGGCUGUCACCUGGCUACGUUAACCAGGAAGUUGGGAGGUUUUACCUGUCAGUUCUGAGCAUUCGGACUCCCGAGAACUUGCGUGCCUUUAUCCUGUCCGUCCCUGGAGUUUUUGUUGACACUGGAUGCUCCACACGGAACUUUCUAGAUUGCAUGACCAAAAACUUUAGCUUGGAGGCACUGCAGCUCCCUCGAUCCUGGUUGAAUGGAUCCUCACUUCUACAUUCCUCACUUUUGCACACCAUUACAUUGAGCAACCCUGUCUAUUUGAACUUCAGCCAUUGCAUACUGUCUGGCUGUCAGCUGAGUCAUCAAAUCAUUAAUGGAGGCAGAAACGUCCAGUCACUAGUUAGCUUGAACCUCAGCGGUUGUGUCCAUUGCCUGCUAUCAGACUGCUCUGUCUUUCGCAAGGCUAAAGACGACAUUGAUUUCGAUGUGGUGGAAGCACUGGUAAACUGUUGCACUAACCUGAGGCACCUGAAUCUGUCUGCAGCUCACCACCACAGCCCUGAGGGCACCGGAAGGCACUUGUGCUUGCUUCUGGCAAGAUUGAAGCAGUUGCGUUCGUUAUCGCUCCCAGUGUGUUGUGUGGUGCAAAGUGCCAAAAACACUGACAAACUGCCUAAUCAUGCAGUGCCAGCUUUACAGGCACAGUCUGUGCGCCGGGGUCUGGGAAAGAAGGUUCGAAUUGGAGUUCCGACCUAUCCAAGGAAUAUUCAGGAGCAGCUGUCGUUGAAUUUGCCAGCAACUGUGUUUGGGACUCUACUGGAGAAUAUUCCCUUUUUGGAAGAGCUGGAGUUGAUUGGGUCCAGUUUCUCGUCGAAUGUGCCUCGAAAUGAGCCUGCCAUCAGGAACAUGCAGCCACCCUGUGACCGAGCACAGCGGAUCCGAGACGAAGAGCUGGCACUUAUUGGACAUUUGCAGCGCCUGCGCAGUCUGACCUUGGCCCAACUUCCUGGCAUUCUCACAGGGUCAGGGCUGAUUGGCAUUGGACUGAAGUGUCAGCAGCUACAGACAUUAUCCCUGGCAAACCUUGGGCUGCUGGGUAAGGUGGCUUACAUGCCAGCCUUGUGUGAAAUGCUGAAACACUGCAAACAGUUGAAGGACUUGAGACUAGAACAGCCGUACUUGUCAGCAAGUGCACAGUUCUUUCAAGCACUGGGGCACUGCUCAUCACUGGAGCGAUUCUGCAUAGUUUCUCGGCACGGAACCUUCCAGCAUGAUGCAGUGAUAUCAUUCAUGACCAAGUGCCCAAAUGUCAUCAUGUGUCACAUGUUUACAGGAGAGACUCUGGUGGCCUGCAAGAAUCUUCAGCAAGCGCUGAUCACAGGUUUCCAGACUGACCGUCCUGCACUGAAUGUGGCCGUAUUCCCACUUCUUCACGAAGGACUCGCUGACAUAAUCCGAGAUGUUCCAAUGAUGCACUUGGAUGAAAUAACUCUGUUUAAAAGCCGUGUUGCAGAAGACCCUCUGCAUCUCUGGUGGUGAUAUUCUGACCAAGAAGAAAAAGAAAGUUAAUAGUGUGGUGAUCCCUAUGUGUGACUAUUUCCUUCAAGUUCCCCUGCUUGUCAAUAACAUUGUUGUUUAAAAUAAAACAUAUUCGUUUACUAUCUUGUGGAAACCGGAAAAAGGUUGAAGCUUGAAAAUUACAAGUUUUUUUGCUGCCUUGUUUUGUAGGUAAACGCCAUUGAAUCUGGGUCAUCACCAGUUGUGGUGGAUUUUAUGUGUGGCAAGUUUUAUGUUGUGCCUGCUGUAGUCUUUACAAUAACUGGAAAUAACAUGAGAAGUAAAGGACAAGUAACAACCUAUCAACUCUCAUCCCACUAAUAUCAUAAUUCUACCGCAAUAGCAUUCAUUGUGUUUCAAGCAUUACUAAUGUUCGCCUCUACUUGCUGCUUACUUUACUUUUCAUGAGAUUAAAUCCCCUGAUUUGACUUUUCUUCACUUUUUUACAAAACUUUGAGUGUAACCAGGUUUACAUUAGCUUUCCUUUUGUUUGUUACCCUGUUGCCAGAUUAAUUGCUACUUUUCUUGACCGUUCUUGAUCAUCAGUAACUUUCCUUGAGUUCUUUCACGUUACAGUUGGGAUCAGUCUUAUUCGUCUCUGGACUGUCUUUGGUGUUUGUAUAUGUUCUUUGUGAUGUAGUGACCAGCAUUAAAUACAUUUCUUCAAGUGUGAGCUGACCAAUGUGCUGUAACGUUUUUGUGUAAUCUUUGGCUCUUGUUCCCGAUCUUCUGGCUAAGUAUUUCACCAGUCUUUUUACCUUCUCAUUAAGUUACUUUGUGGUAUACUGCCACCAUCCCCAAUUCGAUUUUUAGAUCUCUGAUUUCUAAUUCAUUGUGUAUAUAUGCAUGUGACUGAACAUAGAAUUUACAGUACAGCAACAGGCAUUUGGCCCAGCUACUGUGUGCCAGAAUUUAUGCUCAGUAUGAGAUGCCUUCUCCCACCCUGAUUUAUCUAAUCCUAUGAGCAUUGCUUCAUUUCCUUUGUCCAUUAUGUACUAUCUAACUGCUACAUAAAUGCAGCUAUGACUAUUAUCUAACCUCCCUGUAUAUGUACAAUCCUAUUAUCUACAUUAAAUGCAUUUACUGUUUGAAUAGCCAGAGAGACAGAGAGGUAAUUUUAAAUCUGUUCUAACAUUUUACACUUGGUCAAUAUUGCUGAUUGGCAUUUCUUGGCCACUAUCAACCCUAUCAUGUGGAAGCACGUAUCAUAUGCAUUCCCUCUUUGUAUUGUCUGCCCCAAGCGUCCAGCCAAAGCUGGAAUUCUGCCUUUACUCAGAUAAAGUGAGAUUGUGUAUCACUAGCUUCUCAAUUUGAGCAGAACAGAAGUGCAACACACGGACAAAUGAUAAAUUGCUUUCAUGACUCCUGUGGUGACUGAAUUUGAAGACCCUUUAUCACUCAACUUGUUCUCAGGCUCCAUCUCUUCUCCAAACUCCGUUUGCUGCUCUCAUCUGGGACCUUGCAUGUGCUGCUGCACUUGGCUUCCUUUCUAUACAUUUUGGAGUAGGUUGGAUAUGGGAUCCCAAAUCUGGCUCUAGUACCCUAUUGUUAUUCAAAAGAAUUAAAUACCUUCCAAGAUUCAAAGUAGAAUAUGAUUUUGAACUAGGAAUUUUGAACUGUUGCAGUACUGCUAAGUUACUGUUGGUAGCACUGCUGAGCUGUCAAAAAUCUGUUUGUGGCAGCACCACCUUGAUUGUAAGUGUAGGGAUUGCAAAACAUUGUGUUCUAUUUGCUAGUUCAUGGAUUAAAACUAUCACUUUUAUGAUGUAUUGAAUAAAAUGUUUUACAACCAGGAUCCUCACUUGGGUAAUGACAAGUCUGUGUCAGUGCUAGCACUUCAAGUGAUUCGCUCUGAUCAAAAGUCUGCCCUUAUCGUCCUUUUCUUCCUAUGCCCCAAUCUUGAUGGUUGGUGAUCAAAUUUUGGUGACAUGUCAAAGCACGAUGGAGCUGCCUUGCUGCUGCAGCUUUCUUCCACCUUUGCAGCUGAUGAGAUGUUGAAGACUUUUAGACCAUGUUUUCUCUGGCAUCUCCCACUGCCCUUGUUACCUCGUGCAGCUCUGCUGAGGAAUAAAGAACUCCCAACAGGAUCUCUAGGACCUCAUGGUGCAAAAGCUUUGCCACCACAUCAAGGUGGCAGUCUACAGAGAAGAUGACAUUCUGAGGUAUGCACAAUAAAUCAAGUCAUGUUCAGAGCUCUAAGAGGGAAUAUUAGCCAAAUCCUGUAAUGACAGAGGGAUUAGAUCUAUAAGCAGUCUUUAGUCAAGACUCUGUGUACAAGUGACACAUGCUUGUGAUUUGUUGGACACUUGUAUUCAGUUGGAGGUGCCUUUGGGGAGCAGCAUCUGUGACUGAAUUGCCCUCUUCAGAAUCCCUCUUAUCCCAAACGGGGAGAGGUUAGAAGAGAUGCCUAAAAAUAAGCUGCCCCACUUUCUCCUCCCUCCCUGCUUACAGCCUGCAAGGUCACCAUUCUUUGAGGUCAUUUAAACAGAUCUGAGUUUUCACACACAAGGUUAAUACCCCACUUGGAUAAGAGGUUAUCUGUCAGGCCUAGCCUCGAGUCUCAAAAGAUUUGGCCAGGUAGAUGAAUCUGUACUUAGAACCUUUUAAUAAUGAUGGGACCUUGUUUAAAUUGACACUAAGUCACAUCCAGUGUAAUGGUUCUAGAACAUUCCAUAUUGAUGUCUUAUAGGAUAUGGUAGAAUGGUACUUUAUCUAACAGGCCUUGAAGGACAUAGCUCGAGAGUUUAAAUCCCGUCAUGGUCACCUGUAAAAUUGAAUUUAGUAAACAUGGUAAUUUGUAGUCUUCAGGGUUUAUUGUAAAAUCACAGCCGGCUGACUUGGUCUUCCAGCUCAGCACAGCCUGACCAUCAGCUUCUGCAUAAAGUAGUCCAUUAAGUCAAUGAGUUUUCAUUAGAUGAAACUUUAACUCUGUUUUCCUCUCUAUCAAUCUAAUCUGCGGAGUGUUUUCAAACAUUUUCUAUUUUUGCCUUGCUAGUGUUGCCCACGUUAUAAGAACAACAAAGAAUAUGCUGAUGGAUCUGAUUUCUUACUUUUAAACAAUGAAACCACAUGAGGCUGUAAUCCACUGGAACCAACCCAGACCUCAAUAAGCUAUUAACUAUAUGAGCCAGUGAUUCACAUAUGACCUCCCCAGUUCCAUUCUGGAAUUAGUGGAAUCGGGUUGAACUGCACAAUCAGCUUUAAGUGCCUUAAUCCUAGCUAAGACCAUCUGCAAUUACGCCUCCUAAACCAAUUGAAGCUGCAUCAGUUCUAGUGAUCACCUUCAAAAGUGAAAGCCAAGACUAAGUAUCUAUUAAGUUCCCACUUGCCCUGAUUGAUCUCUGUGUGGUAUUUAAUGGUACUCCGACUACUAGCACAAAUGGAAAAAAAACUAUUAUUGCUUUAUGUACCAUUUUCUUUCAGUGCUGCAGUUAUUCUAGUCUAGCAGCAUAACUCCAUGUACCUUAACCCUGUUGAAAAUAAACAGUAAUAUUUAGUUAUCAGUAACGUAGAUUUACUGAAUCAAGUAAAAUGCAAUGAUCUAUUGAUCACUGUCAGCAGAGAUUCCAGGUGGAGGUUAGUUGCUUAGUUAAAUCCUCUUUGACCGUGCUAGACUGUUGUUCCUAAUUUGGUUACUAUAAUUGGAAAUCUAGUUUGAAGCCUCUGUUUUAGUAAGUUCAAUCCCAGAUGGCUAUCUUUAACUGUUUACCUAUAGAUGAUCUAUUGCAGCAUCAAAACUCUAAAGGUGUUUCAGCUGGGUUAGAUUAACUGUUUGUGCAUUAAUACCAUAUAUGAGCAAUCCUGAGUGCAUAUCUUACCAUACUUACAUUUUUGCCUUGCUUUGGCAGGCUUGAAAGCCAUUACUCUUUGUUUUUCUUCUAAAGAAAUCUUAACCGAAAUUAUAGAGUGAAGCUACUUGAGAAUGUACAGUACCAGAAAAAGACAGUUUGGUCCAUCUGACAGGCCCCACUGUUAGAAUAAAGACUCUGUGAUUCACUACACAUUACCCUCAUUUCAGUUUCUCACCCAACCCCCAUUAAAAUUGCUGAUGCUGUCAGCCUCUGCUACUUCUCUAGACACUUCAAACAUUCAACACCCUCUCUGUGAUCCUCCCUCUGCUGAACUGCAUUUCAUGUCCUCCACAGUGCUGUUCCCAGGGCUGUGGUAAGGAGUUUCUUAGGGUUCAACUUAAGAUGUCAAAUGCUUCAAUAAAAUCCUUCUCAGACCACCCUAUUAUUUAUAAACUGAGCUUCUCCAGUCUCUCCUUUUACCUCAGAUGUUUUAUAUCUCUAUUAUUUGGUAUGAAAAUCAUGAUGGCUUUUAAUAAAGUAUGGAGAAGCUGUUUCUAUUGCCACCAGUGUCAGUAAUAGGAGGCAUGGAUUUAAGCUGCUUGGCACAAGGAGCAGAGUGUGCUGUCAUCAGUUAGAAUUCACUGUCUGAAAGGGAAGUACAAGCAGACUCAAUAGUGACCUUUAAAGAGAAUUGAAUAAAUACUUGAAAUGCAAAAAAAAAGGGCUAUAGGAAAAAUGGAAGGAAUGGGAUCAAUUGGAAACCCCUUACAAAGAGGUAGGAUAGAUGUGCUUCCUUCCAUGUUGCAUAAACUUAUGAUUUUACUUUGAUUUUAUGAUUCACAUUUUCCGACACUGAGUCCUUCCUUGUACAAGAACCAGAACACCACAUGCAAUUCUGGGUGGGGCGAACUGCCCUGAAUCACGUCCUAUGCUUGCUUGAUUCAUUUCAUAACACUCAAGUAUCCUAUUUCCUUCAUCCGUUGCUGCUGGAUGUCUUUUUAAGGAUCUAUCCGCCAUCAUCCUCUUGAUCAUUAUCAUGUACAGUGUUAUAGAAUUAGAAGAUGUAGGGUGGAAUUUGGAGUAGUAAAUGUUUAUUUGGAGCACUAACAUCAGCAUAGGCCAUGCUGGGGCUAAAUAACCUUUUUCUGUGCUUGAAGAUUUUAUGUAAUCUUCACCUCCCUACCAAUACCUCAAAACCUCUCUUAUUAUCCCUUAUCUUAAUUCCUGUCUCAAUCCAUAGAGGUUUUAUUUCCUGCAGUUUAACAUUAUUUACAAUAAAUGCACCCUGACCUCAGCUGUGAAGCCUUGUACAUCGGUUUCUAUCCUUCAUGAUGUGCUGCUACUUUAAUUCUUAGUUAAACGUUGAUGUACUGUGAUUUAAUAUUGCAAUCAUUGCAUUAUCCACAACAUAACAUUUAACAUCAUGCUUUUCAUGCACUUUUUGUUUAUGGUUUUAUGCAUAUUAUUUUUAAAAACCUUGCCUCGAUUCUUGUACAAUCCCACCUCAGCUAGUUACUAAAUUUCAUUAUUUUAAUGUGCUUACUGAAUGAUUCAAACCUAUGUCAUUCUUAGAGGAGCAGGAAACCUGACAUUUUGGGUUGAGACCCUUCUGAAACGUCAGCUUUCCUGCUCCUCUGAUGCUGCCUGGCCUGCUGUGUUCCUCCAGCUCCACACUGCGUUAUCUCAGACUCCAGCAUCGGCAGUUCUUACUAUCUCUAUGUCAUUUUUACUUCAUUAAUUAAAUGUUCUGCCUUACCAUAUGAGUUUAAGUUUGCUGGUACCCAUACUUUUUAGUCUCUUAGCUAGUAUGUUGGUGCUUCUAGGUUUCAACUGAAAGCCAUCCCUUCUGUGCAAUCUAUCACAAUCCUUGAGUGCAUUUCAGUAUCCAAUUUAUCCGAAACUCUAAAUGCUUCCCUGUUUUAACAUAUCUCUUAUUCUGAUCUAUAGUGCCCAACAUGGCAUUGGAAGUAACGCAGCGAUGACACAUCAAGCUCCUCUUCCUCAUCAUAAACACUGAGCCUCGCAAAAAUCCAGUUGCAGGAUUCUCUUCCUACUGCUGCUUCUGUUGUUGGCCGUCACAUCAAUCAUUGCCACUGGCUGCUUCCCAUUUGCUUGGCCAUUGAAUAGCAGCUUUCCCAUAUUCCUGUCCUUUCCCUAAAGUCGCUCUCAUUAUUCUGCUGUUUCCUAACUAUCUUAUGAAGGCUGCGAUCCAGAACUCACCAUCCUUUUGGAUAUUAAUAGCUGCAGGGAUUUUUAACAUAGAUCCCCAGAAUAUUUUAUCAAUCUCCAGGGUGACCCACAUCCAAAAUCCUGUAUGUAACCUGAGAGGUCCCUUACCAUCUAUUUCUAGAUAUAUCAAUUAUGAGAAGAAAAUGUUUAUUCUUUGACAAUCUCUCAGCACACAAUCUAGACCAGUUUGAUUAGGUACAUUAGCAGAAAGUUUGUGCACAUUCCUGCGAUGGAUUUGUAAUGUUCCACAUGUUCUUGAAGUUCUCUUAAUCCAGCUGUUCAAACCUGCUACGGUUCAUAUCUAUACAACUUCAACCCUGACCUCCCUUUGGAUAGUGCUUUCUUGAACUCUGGCAAUAAACUCUGCCAGGACAAAAUUCCUUGCUUACUUUUCUUUUGCAAAUCACAGACAUUAGUGAGAGAUUUUAUUUCAUAAUUGAUGCCAGCCCUGAUCCUGUAACAUCAGUCUAAAUAUAUAUCUUCUGGAUUGAGUAAGACAUUCUCACUUAAAUCUCACGCCCUGUUUUUUUUUUCCUCAAAAUAAAAAGCAAGUUCAUUUUCUCAAGAUUAUGAGGGCUUUUGAUUAAAUAAAUGUAGGCAAACUGUUUCCACAGGGAGGAGGAUCAGUGACCAGAGGGCACAGGUUUAAAAUUAUUAGCAAAAUAACCAGGAGGAAGGGAGAGAUGAGAAUUUUGUUUUCCCUACAAUAAAUUUGGAAUGCACCUGGAAUGUACUGCCUGAAAUUAUGAUGGAAGCAGAUUCGAAAGCCAUUUUCAAAAAGGAAUUGAAAGCAUAAAAAAAACUGUGGGGAAGGAACAAAGGAGGGGGACUAACUGGAAAGCUCGUUCCAAGAGUGGGAACUUGCAUUUUUAUUGAAUCUUUGGAGUGAACAGCCAGGUGUUGUUGGAACUUUAGCAAAGAAGAAAAGAAGCAAUACCUUCCUGUUCUGUUCACAGUGAUUCCUAUGCUAAAUAACUGUUAGGGAGCAAUUUCAUAGGUCAGCUAUUCUGAACUUCAACAUUGAAAAAUGUUUGUUACAGUCAAGAUCCAAUUCUAGUGCUCUGUGUGAUCCCUUCCUCACUUGUUUGCAACAUAAACUAUUUUAAAUUGGCAAAACCUCAGCUUGGGAGAAGGUAGAAUAAUUGAUGUUAAAGUAUCUGCAAUAAGGUUAUUGGUACCCCUGCAGAUUUUUCAUAGCAUUAUUCUGUUUCUCUUGUCUCAUUUUCUUUCAACACUUGUAAAUUCUAUAGUCCUUGACAAAAAAGUGCCAAAUUAAGUAGGAGAAGUUUUCAGUUGUUUAUUGCCUUGUGGUAACAGACUUGACCUCAAUAUCUACCUUUAAGUGACUUUUUUUCAUUCUUCAAUGGGAAUAUGAACAUUGUGGGAAAUACAAGCAUUUACUGCUCAGCCUCUGGGAGGUGCUGGUAAGAAGCCUUCUUGAACUAUCUGGUGUAGGUGCAACUAGACUACUGUUAGGGAGGAAAUUCAAGGAUUAUGACCCAGGCAAUGAAGGAAUGGUUGGUGAUUUUGUGCAAAGUCAGGAUUUUAUAGUGCUGUCUUUGACCUUUUAGCUGGUGGAGGUCAUGGGCGUAGAAGGUGCUGGUAACGAAGCCUCAGUGAGUUGCUGCAGUUCAUGUUAUAGACGGUAUGCACUGCUGCCAAUGCAUGCUGCUUGUGGAGGGAGGGGAGGUUGAACAUGGUAGAUGGGAUACCAAUCAAAUGGACUACAUUGUCCUGGGUGACGAGGAGCUUCCUGGGGAUGAUUACAGCUGCACUCAUCCAGACAAGUCAAGAAUAUUCCAUCGCAUUCCUCCCUCAUACGUUGUCGAUGGUGGGCAGGAUAUAAGUAAAUUUUUAGUGAGUUCCAGACAAUCAUCUAGAUGCAACAACAGUUAUGCAGCUCAACACUGACUGAAAUACAAUAAAGGCUUUCAGUUCAAAAAACGAAGUCAUAGAAUUUUUAAAAAAUAAAAUUCUCUUUCAUUUUGUUCUGCUUAUGCCAGCGGGAUUCAAACUCAAAAAUCUGAAGAUUUUCAAUGGGAUGUUUUCAUAAAAACUCGGCUUGCAGGUGUAUAUUUUCAAAGCAGGUACAUGACCAAAAAUGUCUGCAGGUUUCAGGUUUCUAUUGAUUUGCUUAUUUCCAUUUUACCAUCAGUCUAGGCCCUUGUUAAGCAAUAGUUGUUGUAUAGAUGUUUGUGAUGUUCAUUUUCUCCAAAAUGCAAGACUCAUUUUCCAAAGCACUAUUUUGAAAGCUCAGUCACCACCUUGCGAUUAAUGCUUGCAUCAUCAGUGUUGUAACUCCAUGUAGAUGUCAUUUUUUUUUAUGUAAAG